CUUGUCUCGAUAUGGGGACACGUACCUCGAGGUCAAGAACUGUGUCGACCGUUUGCCUGGAAUAAGAAGGAAGCGGUACAGGGGAGAUAAAACGCCGCUGAUGGGGAAAACCGUAACGACUCCGUUUCUCAAGGCUCUUCUGGCAUGGUCCUAUACUGGGGGAUGGAUGUAUGCGAAAUACUUCUUUCUCGUAUAAGGAUCCUGGCCACGUGCUGUGUGACAGUCGCAAUCUGGACGAGCACUCGAAGACACCUCUUCCGUUCCUCUUUCUUCGUCGGCCCGGAACUUUGAAGAUCUUCAUCAAUUAAUCGUAGUAAAGGAGAGGAAAGGGAUAUUCACAUUACCUGGAAAAGUGUGACGCGUUCUAGAAGUGAUCGACAGGGGAAAUGAUUUGGUCGUUCGCGAGCCGAUUCGUCGAGGACAGGGACAUGUGCUUCUGGAUAAGUCCUGUCUUCGCGAGCCUCUUCCUCGGGGCUGUUUUCUUCUCGAUUGUCCUCUGGUUGACGAAGAGCCUGCGAAAGUGGUGGCAUCAGCGGGUGAAGAUGUUGAAAUUAGCCGCCUCAUUACCUGGCCCCCCUGCCUUGCCGAUAAUUGGAAAUGCACUUUCCUUCGCCUGCAGCCACGAAGAUAUCCUGUGUCGCAUCGAUAAGAUCACCAGGACUUAUGAGUCCCCGUUUCGGUUCUGGCUGGGACCUAGACUUUUCGUCGUGCUUACAAGACCCGAAGAUAUUGAGGUAGUAUUGAACAAUCCUAAAGCGCAGUACAAGGAUAGGACGUACCGAUUUUUGGAGCCCUUCAUCGGAAAAGGUCUAAUUACUGAAUCAGGACCGCGUCACAGAGCUCAUCGGAAACUUAUAAUGCCGAUGUUAAACAGCAAAUCAUUGGCGGUGUGUGUGGAAUAUUUCGACAAACACAGUCGAUACUGCGCCGAUUUAUUGGUAAAGAAAUGCGACGACGGAGAGUUCGACGUCGCUCCGUUUCUUACUAAGUGCACCGUCGACGUGAUGCUAGACACUAUAAUGGGAGUUCCUGGAAAUGCGCAAACGGGAAAUUACUUGAACCUGAUAUACUGGACCGAGAAGAUGUACGAGAUGGUUUACACGAGGAUAAUGAAGGUGUGGCUUCAUUGCGAUUGGAUCUUCGACCUUACAGAUCUGGGGAAUCAACAGAAAACUGGGCGAAGUGUUAUCUACCGCUUCGUCGAAAGUGUAGUAACUCGAAAGAAGAAGGAACACAGUGCUCUCAAGAGGGGAGUCAUUCGUGCCAAUAGACCGAGAUUGAUGGUGCUAGAGCAAUUGAUCGAUCAGCUGGAAACUACAAAAUCGAUGGAUGACCAGGAACUGAAAGAAGAAAUAUACACUCUGUUUACGGCUGCGCAAGACACGGUCGCUGUGGUCAGCUCCUUCGCUUUGCUCAUGCUUGCGAUGCAUCCAGAAAUUCAGGACAAAGUACGACAGGAGCUCCUUGAAGUUUUGGGGGCCGACAACAUCACUGCUGAGUAUCUUGCAAACAUGAAGUAUACCGAUAUGGUGGUUCGUGAAACUCUAAGGCUGUUUCCAAUUGCACCGAUAACAGUGAGACGUCUGGAAGGAGACAUCGAGCUGGACUCCUGCACUAUACCUGAAGGCUGUUCCAUUGUGCUAGGCUUUUACUCUACUCACCGAUGCUCCAAAUAUUGGUCCGAACCAGAAAAAUUCAUCCCUGAACGAUUUCUCCCUGAAAAUUCAAUCGAUAGACAUCCCUAUGCUUAUCUUCCUUUCAGCUCGGGUGUACUAGGCUGCAUUGGUCAAAAAUUUGCCAUCAUGUGCUUGAAAACGGUAAUCGGAAAUGUCGUGAGACGAUACAAGUUGUCCUCGAACUCCAAAAUCGAGGAUAUUCGGCUAAAAUCUGAUAUUUCAGUUCGUUCGAAAGAUGGAUACAGAAUGUCUAUUCAUCGGGUUUGAUACUUCUUCUCUCUGCAUGUCUACUUAUGGUUGGAAAAUGUGUGAAUAUUUGUAUAUACAGUAAAUUGUAAAGGUUAAGAAAUGAUAUGCUUGAAAAUAGAAUAAAUCUUGAUGUGAUGGCCUUCCGUUCUUCCAAACGGACAGCCAUCCAAUUUUUGGCCACGUUGUCCCUCCUAUUUUUUUCUAUGUCACUUUGUCAGGAUUGACGGAGAAGAGACGGCGAACGAUCAUUUCGAUUAUAUUCUGUCAAUACU